UGCGCUUGUUGCGGUGAGCGCGGAAGGGUUGUGCGCUCUCAGGUUACGCGUGUGAAGUUGUGGACCAGAGGAGAUCGGAGACGUCCAGCGACUUAAAGAGAAGGAGGGAAAUAGAUCGAGGCUCACUAUCGUUUCUCUCUUUGCGCUGGAAUACACUGAAGUCCUCGGACAGCGGCUGAGAAAAGGCACCAAAACGAGUUUGUGGCUUUUAAUUGAGAGACCAAGCAUACCCAACAGUAUGCGGUGCAGUUAUGGCAGGCAAGGGUAAGACAGUCGUGAGGACGCUGGAGGAUUUAACGCUUGAUUCUGGUUAUGGUGGAGCCGCGGACUCGGUCAGGUCGUCCAGCGUGUCGCUGUGCUGCUCCGACACGCAUCAAUCCUUCUCGCAUGGAGGCAACUGCUGGCAUCUGACGGAAUCAAUGCAUAGCAGACACAACAGUUUGGACACAGUCAACACCGUCCUGGCGGAGGACACGGAGAUACUGGAGUGCUCGGGUCAGUGCGCCAAACUGCCCGAGCUGGAGGACGCGCCAUGGAGCCUCGGCGAGGUGGAGGGCGCACUGAGGAAAGACGAGGAGCUGAUGGUGGGCAACCCGCCACCGGAGGUCCUGGCGCGGCUGUCGGCUCUCAUCAGCCGCGCGCUGGUGAGGGUGGCCCGGGAGGCGCAGCGGCUCAGCCUGCGCUACGCCAAGUGCACCAAGCAUGAGAUCCAGAGCGCCAUCAAGGUGGUGCUCUCAUGGACCAUCUCCGUCAACUGCAUCACGGCAGCUCUGAGCGCCCUGUCCCUCUACAACAUGAGCACCGGGGACAAGUUCAGCCGAGGCAAGUCGGCGCGCUGCGGGCUGGUCUUCUCCGUGGGGAAGUUCUUCAGGUGGAUGGUGGAUAGUCGGGUGGCCCUCAGGAUCCACGAACACGCCGCCAUAUACCUCACCGCCUGCAUGGAGAGCCUGUUCAGAGAGGUGUUCAGCCGCGUCCUGCGCAGCGCGCUGGUGGAGAGGGACAACGGGAUCCCCAAGUUUACGCUGGAGUCACUGGAGCAAGCCAUCAACAGCGACUCGGAGAUCUGGGGUCUGCUGCAGCCCUACCAGCACCUCAUAUGUGGCAAGAAUUCAAGCGGUGUGCUGAGCCUGCCGGAGAGUCUGAACCUGCACCGGGACCAGCAGCGCUCCGGGAGGGGCGGAGAGGGUCAUGGAUACACUCAGGCCGAGCUCCGCACGCUGGAACAGUCGCUGCUCGCGACCCGGGUGGGCAGCAUCGCCGAGCUGAGUGAUUUGGUGUCCAGGGCCAUGCACCACCUGCAGCCGCUGCACAUCAAAAACCCUAGCAACGGGACUCCGGUCCACCAGAAGACCAACGCCACCACCACCACCACCACCACCACGGUGCACUGGGAGCCCGAGGCCCUCUACACCCUGUGUUACUUCAUGCACUGCCCACAGAUGGAAUGGGAGAACCCAAACGUUGAGCCGUCCAAAGUCACCUUACAGACUGAGAGGCCGUUCCUGGUACUGCCUCCGCUGAUGGAGUGGAUCCGGGUGGCGGUCGCGCACACUGAGCAUCGACGAAGCUUCUCCGUGGACAGCGACGACGUGAGGCAGGCCGCCAGGCUGCUGCUCCCCGGCGUGGACUGCGAACCACGACAAAUAAAAGCGGAGGAUUGCUUCUGUGCCACCCGAAAGCUGGACGCAGCCUCCACGGAGGCCAAGUUCCUGCAGGAUCUGGGCUUCAGGAUGCUCAACUGCGGACGGACGGACCUGGUCAAGCAGGCCGUGAACCUGCUGGGGCCUGAUGGCAUCAACAGCAUGAGCGAGCAGGGGAUGACCCCGCUCAUGUACGCUUGUGUCCGCGGCGACGAAGCCAUGGUCCAGAUGCUGCUCGACGCCGGAGCCGACAUCAACAGCGAGGUGCCAAGCACAGUAAACAAGCACCCCUCAGUUUAUCCUGAAACGCGCCAGGGGACGCCACUCACUUUCGCCGUGUUACACGGACACGUCCCUGUCGUGCAGUUGUUGCUGGAUAAUAGAGCGAAUGUGGAGGGCGCCCUGCAGGAUGGGGCGGAGAACUACACAGAGACCCCGCUUCAGCUGGCCUCUGCUGCAGGUAACUUUGAGUUGGUGAGUUUGCUUUUGGAACGAGGGGCGGACCCCAUGAUCGGGACCAUGUGUCGAAACGGCAUCUCCUCCGCCCCGCUGGGAGACAUGAACUCAUACAGCCUGGCAGCAGCACAUGGCCACAGGAAUGUGUUUCGGAAGCUCCUGUCGCAGUCGGAGAAGGAGAAGGGGGAUGUGCUGUCCCUGGAGGAGAUCCUGGCCGAGGGUUCGGAUCCCGGGGAGAAGAGGUUGGCUCUGCAGGCUAACAGCGGAGGGACCCUGCGAACAGGAAAGGCCAAACUGAGAGCCCUGAGAGAGGCCAUGUACCAUAGCGCAGAGCACGGCCAUGUGGACAUCACCAUAGACAUCCGCAGCUUAGGCGUGCCCUGGACGCUGCACACCUGGCUCGAGUCCCUGCGCACCUGCUUCAUCCAGCACCGCCGGCCGCUGAUCCAGGGCCUGCUCAAAGACUUCAGCUGCAUCCAGGAGGAGGAGUACACCGAGGAGCUGAUCACGCACGGCCUGCCGCUCAUGUUCCAGAUCCUCCGAACCAGCAAGAACGAGGUGAUAAGCCAGCAGCUGUCGGUUAUCUUCACCCAGUGCUACGGGCCCUUCCCCAUCCCUAAGCUGACAGAGAUCAAGAAGAAACAGACCUCGCGCUUAGACCCUCACUUCCUGAACAACAAGGAGAUGUCGGACGUUACUUUCCUGGUGGAGGGGAAACCAUUUUAUGCACAUAAAGUUUUGCUGUUUACAGCGUCACCCAGGUUCAAGUCGCUGCUACAAAACCGACCAGCAGCAGAAAACACCUGUAUUGAAAUCAGCCAUGUCAAGUACAAUAUAUUCCACCUGGUCAUGCAGUAUCUGUACUGUGGAGGCACCGAGUCGUUGCACAUACGCAACACUGAAGUUAUGGAGCUCCUGUCUGCAGCCAAAUUCUUCCAACUAGAGGCCCUUCAGAGACACUGUGAGAUCAUCUGCUCCAAGAACAUCACCACCGAAACCUGCGUGGACCUCUACAAACACGCCAAGUUCCUUGGCGCCACGGAGCUCACGGCUUUCAUCGAGGGCUAUUUCCUGAAGAACAUGGUGCUGCUGAUCGAACUCGACAGCUUCAAGCAGCUUCUGUACGAACCUCCCCCCGCCGAGAGCCCCGCGUCCAGCCCCGGCAUCUGCUCCGACAUCCUGCUCGACCUGGAGAAGACUCUGGCCACGCGCAUCCACUCCAUCCACCUCUCCACCUCCAAGGGCUCCGUGGUGUGACGCCGUCCUCUCCGGAGCGCUCCGAUCCAGCCGCAGCAUCCAUGUAACACCAUCCAGUGUCCCGCUAUUACAGCCCCCCUCCCCCUCCCUCCCACCUGGUCCCAGCCCCACUGCUGAAGAGGAGUUUUUAUGUCAGGGAUUCCCUUUAAUUCUGCCCGUUGCAGCCAACGGAGGGGUUCAUGUCGGCGUACGAGACGAAAGCGGAGAAACUUUCUCGCUUUGUUGGAGGCUUGAACUCGUCGUCCUGAUGGCUCCCACUGAUCACAUCACAUCACACCCCCAUACAGUAAAAAAAAAAACUGUCACACAAACAAUAAAGUGACCUGACCCAGCAGUAUCACUUAGACCUAACCAUGAUUAUAAAACUUUCUAUCGUAUUUCAUAUAGAAUACAUGCAUGAAAUACAUACUGUACACCUUUUUUGCUUAAAAGGUAGAGUAGAAUUUUAACUCAAUAAAAGCAGCUUUCUCAUCAUCUCUGAUAUGAGACUUCAGUUUACAAAUAACAUCACUGUAUGGAAGUGGAUGCCAUCGCAGUAGAAAGUUUCACACAUGCCAAAACAUAAAUAUAAUCCUACUAUACAACCAAUAAAAGUGACUCGUAGCAAUGCCAGCAGACAGAUUUUAGGCGGACUUGUUUGAACUUCUUUCCAUUUCAUUCUGUCACUUCUAUGUUGGAUUCGUUUCACUGUGUUAUAUCUACUGUGUGCAGAGGCCAAACUGAUCACAGGAACUUCCACCGUGGCCGACACCGCAGCGCUGAUUCAGACUCGAGGCGGCCCACUCAGUGAAAUCUAUGCUGACGUACGCUUGAAACACGGCUGUCCAACUGGGAAAUUAACUUGUGGUAACUCCACGAGCACUGUCGGGUUUAUUUAUUUUUAUUUUUUUAUUUUUUAUUUUUCUUUCUUUUGCAUGACACCUCCUCCACUGAGCUGCCCUGAUAUUGCUUUUUAUGCAGAGCUUACUUCACGAACCAAUUUCGCAAAAAAGGGGAAGUGAGGGAAAACGCUGCUUAUUAACUUUGUAUCUACUGCAAAACAGACUGGACUGAGCCGGGUCUGGAGAUGGAUUUUGACAGGGAAUUUCUCUUAAAGAUAUUUAAAGCAAAGUGUAAAUACGUCCUGAAAGUCAUCGUGCUGGUCGUUCUUUUUAUUUUUCUUUUGUAAACUGAUGUACAGUAUUCUCCUACACUCGCUUGGCUGAUGACAACAGUCUCACUGAAUGUGCUCCCUGAACAGUUUGUUCCUGCUGUAUGUCUCUGUUUAUGCAAAGUUGCAUGUUUAAUCUGUUUCGUACGACUCCUCCCUCUCGCCGUAGGUGUGCUGUCUGUGUAGAUGGGUAGGGCUGAGUAGGAUGUUGAUUGUUCCAGUUGAAGUCCAAUCGAAGGAUGUUCCUUCACAUCGUUUCGCUAUUUCUGAUACAUUCCAGAUGAUCAGGGUAGAUGUCUGUCACUUUUUGUUUUUAAAUUUCACCUCAUCUGAAUUUAUCAAUAACAAGCAGCACUGGAUUUAUUAGAGACGCAACGUUAACAGACAAACGUGACCCAAAAAAUCUGCCUGUUUUAAAACUAAAUAAAUAAAUAAAUAAAGUCGAAAACUGGGCAAAAAAAAAAAAAGUUGGAAAAGUUGGUGGAUAAAAAUCGAUAAAAGCUAAAAGUUCAUUGGAGAUAGCUUCAUCAUGAUGAAAACGUUUCAUCAUGUUAUCCACAUUGUUUUUGGAGGAAUUAGCUCCACCAGCUGUUUAUCUUGAUGUUGCCCAACUCGCAACAUCUGCACAGGAGAAGUGGAUGAAACGUGGGUUCAUCUACUUUUUUGUUUUCCUUAAAUUCAGACGUGAACUCAGCUGCAGCUGAAACUCGUCUACAGCUCGGGAAAAACAAAACCCUCCUGGUCGAAUCAUCGGUGCAGAAGAGGAAAAGAGGGAGAAGUUAACUAAGGAGUAUUUUAGAAAUGAUGUUUUGUGUUGAACGGAGGGCUGGAGGAAACUGAGAAACACAAUCUGAAGCUUUAAAGAAUUUAAAUUUCCAUUCUGCUUCAAAUCGACAUGAGUUUUUGUUCCCGGUUUCAACGACAAAGACUUUGAAUUCACCGCCGCUUCUCACUGGUGUUUUCUCCACGGCAACAGCAGCCGAGACGAUACUGAAACACAAACGUUAUAGAAUCGUUAUUUUACCUGCAACAGUUCCGUGUUUCUACGUUCAGUAACAUUGAGGAUGUCAUUUAAAGAAGAAACAUGAAAUGGAGGUGCAGGAGGAAAAGCCUUCGGCCUUCUGCGUCAGUGUGAAACAGCACAUCUUCACACUGAAGCCAAACAAAGGCGGAACAAAAUCCCAAACACCUGAGCCAAAGAUGGAAAAAGGAAAAUCUUUUCUUUUUUUUCAAAAUAAAAGAUGCAAAAUAAACAGAUUUUAUAUGUUUAAAAAAAAG